AUGUCGAGCCUGCGGGGGCUGUACGGCAAAGGAGACGAACAGGGUGCCGAGGGCAACUUUGGGGUCGAUUAUGUGAUUCACUACCGGAUACCACCCAAAGAAAGGGCCAAAGCAGAGGCCGCCUUUGUCCAGCUCAUUGAAGCCCUCACAAACAUUGGCCUCACUACUUCCGUUCGCAGCGGGGAAAAGGACUCCCUCCUCGUCUUCACCAGACUGGCUUCAAACGACCUGUUGGCCCAGCAAGCCUACAGCUCUCGCCUUCAGGAUUGGCUGCAGGGCGUGCGCAUCUCCGGCCCGAGUAGCGAUAUCUCCAAAGCGAUUCAGGACGAGCCCGUGACUGAAGCCGAGAGACUCCGUCUCGUCUAUCUCCUCAUCACCAAGUCUCGAAAUGAAGGCGGCGCGGGCAUCUCCCAAGGUCAAGGGCAGUGGAAGUACGUCGAGGCCAUCUUCCCGCUUCACGACCAUGCCUUCAACAAGAAGUGGCUGCAAAAAUGGAGCAAGAAGUAUGUCCUGGAACAGUCCGAUCUAGACGACAUCCGUGACAGGUUUGGCGAGGGCGUUGCCUUUUACUUUGCCUUUCUCAUGGACUACCUCCGCUUCCAGAUAUUCCCCGCGGCUGUCGGCUUUGCCGCAUGGAUGCUGAUGGGCCAAUUCUCUACGUUUUACGCCAUCUGCAGCUGUCUCUGGUCCGUCGUCUUUUUCGAGUAUUGGAAGCGUAAGGAGGCCGAUUUGGCCGUCACCUGGGGUGUCCGUGGCGUCUCAAAGAUACAGCAUCACCGCCCAGAGUUUCAGUGGGAGUUUGAGACGGAAGACUCAGUCACGGGAGAGCCGAUCAAGGUUUAUCCACCAAUCAAGCGGCUACAGACCCAACUCCUUCAGAUCCCCUUCGCCCUCGUCUGUAUUGUUGUCCUUGGUUCGCUGGUCGCUACGGUCAACUCCCUGGAGAUUUACAUCAAUGAAGUGUACAGCGGUCCAGGACAGAAGUAUCUGGGUUUCCUUCCUACUAUCUUGCUUGUUGUCCUGACGCCAACCUUUUCCACUAUUCUCAUGACUGCCGCCAAGAGGCUGACAGAUAUGGAAAACUAUGAUACCAUGGAUGCACACAACGCCGCUCUGGUCCAGAAACAGUUUGUGCUCAACUUCAUGACAUCCUACAUGGCAUUAAUCUUCACGGCUUUCGUCUAUAUUCCCUUCGGCCAUGUCUUACACCCCUUGCUCAAUUUCUGGGGCAAGACGGCACAGACUCUUACGAUGAGCGAGAAGCCCUUGACGACGAACCAAUUCCAGUCUAACCCUCAGCGGAUUGCCAACCAAAUGUAUUACACCACGGUCACGGCCCAAAUCAUCAAUUUUCUCACCGAAGUCGUCGUUCCCUACGUCAAGCACAAGGCCUCUGUCAAGGCCAAGGAGCUCUCGAACAACCACACGCCCAAGACCAACGACCAGCCUGAUGAAGCCGAUUUCCUGAAACGUGUACGGGACCAAGCUGGCCUCGAGGACUACGACGUUACUGCUGAUUACCGCGAGAUGGUGAUGCAAUUUGGCUAUCUGUCUCUCUUUUCUGUUUCAUGGCCCCUUACGGCCUGCUUCUUCCUCAUCAACAACUGGAUUGAACUCCGAUCUGAUGCCUUGAAGAUCGUCAUCGGCUGUCGCAGACCCGUCCCGUGGCGAGCUGACUCCAUCGGACCGUGGCUGACUGCUCUGGGCUUUCUGUCGUGGCUGGGUAGCAUCACCAGCGCUGCCGUCGUUUACCUUUGCAGCAAGAACAGGCAAGCCGGUUCCGGAUCCUACAUCACUGCAGGCGGAGCUUUCCUCAGCAUCCUUCUAGCUGAACACCUUUACUUUGCCGCUCAGCUUGCCGUCAGAUAUGUCAUGGGCAAGGUGGAGAGCCCUGGCCUCCAGAGAGAGCGCAAGGAACGGUUCCAAAUGAAGAAAAAGUUCCUAGAGGAGACGGUCGGCCACGUGGCGAGCGAAAAGGCUACCGUCGCCGUACCAGGGGCUGAGAAGACGGAGCAGAUUACGAGGGAAACCCUGGAGGAGGAGGCCAGGCUGGCCUCGAUCCAUGGGCAUGGAUCACCCGAAGAAAGGUUCUGGCAGCGUCAACGGGGCAUGCAGGACACAAUCCUGGUCGGACGGAAAUUGAUCGAAGAGCAGCUUAGUGGCCGGUCUUGA